AUGGCAUACUACGAACCACAGGGCUGGCAGGCUCCUAUGCGCCAGGCCUCUUGGGAAGCUUCCGCGCCUCCUUCACGAUCAGGCACUAGCUCGACCGUCCAGAGAGAAACCGAGUCCAACGCAUUCGCUUCUCAAUUCGAUGAGGUGGAACGAGCCAUCGAUAACCUGUCGAAGAGUGGGAAAACCUUUGGUGGUCUGCCCCGUCGGGACUCCAUGCCGUUGAUGAUGGGUCGACCAUAUGAUUUCACCGACCCUCGUGCCAUGGGACCAAUGGCACCCUCCCGUCACCAUUCAAUUGGAGACUAUGACUCCAUCCGUCCACACUCGGCAUCGAAUCUUCAGGGCUUCUACGCCGCACAACGUUUCCAGGGUCGCCCCAACGAGACCGAACAGAUGAUACAGGCGAAGCGUCGACUGGCUGCCCAGCGAGAGAGGGAGCUUCGCAACUACCACCAAGAACAGCAAUACAAUCGAAGCCUUCUUGCCGAUAUCUCAGGGGACAAAUCCGAUCGAUCCAUGAGCCCUGCGGCCAUGAACGAGGAAAGCCGCCGUGACCUGAUCGCCCGCCAGCACCGAGCUCUCUACGGAAAUGACUCUACCAUCCAGACCCCCAAUUCCGGCCCAGGCGACGAAUCGCACUCUCAGCAGGCCGCUACUCCUACUACCGGCAUCCCGAGCGGCCGUGGGGCUUCACCUCGAGGCGUCGACCCGUUCUUGGGCCAGUCCCACGCCGACAGCCAGACCCAGGCCUCUUCCGGUGCCACCGUUGCAUCUUCCGCCGCUCCUCGCACUCGCUCCCCGACCUCCACGGCCUCCCCGCCCUCGAACACCAACCCGGCGUCGACGUACGGUGUCUUUGAGCCUAACCAGCAGCAACAGGCGCAUUCCACCACUUCUCCCACAGGCAAGGGAACCACUGACUCUUCCCCUUCCCGCGUAGGUCCUAUCGGCUCUCGUCCAACUCCGCAGCAGCAACAGCAGCAGCAACCUGCAACUAACCAGAGCCCCAACCCGUCUCUCAGCUUGCGUUCAACCACCCCUCUCCCUUCUCCACUUAGCUACGGCUUCUCACCCAACGAAGCCAGCCAGCACUCCACCGACAACGGAAACGGGACGGAUUCCGGCAACGGAAACGGAACCCAAUCGAGCUCCUCGGCUGCAACCAACAGGUCCGCAUCAGGAAACAGCACCAGUCAGCCCAUGAAGGAGUCCUCUCCCACCGUCGGACUCGGUUGGGGAUGGCGAGGCAAGAACCAGCUUGGCGUGCAGGCCUCCGUCUGGGGCUAA